GGGGUGCGGUCAAAGCACUGACAACUGGCACACAGUCAGGUGUUGGUCCAGAGUGUAUCUCUUGGCCACAGCGUAAGUCUGAGUUUGACAUGCAAACACCCGGCCGAGAUUUCAACCAUCUAAGUGGUCACAGCUACUCCUCAGCAGACAUGGUGGACACCCAGCAGCUCCUAGCUUGGCCUGUUGGCUUCAGCUUGAGCACAGCAGACCUGCCAGAGCUGGACGACAGCCCCCACUACCUCGACAUGAAACAUUUGUCCACAUCAGACUAUGCCUCUAUUUCCUCCUCCUCCAUCCCUUCUUCUCUGUCUCCCCAACUUGUAUCCUCCAUUUCAUCCGCUGGUGUGGCCUACGACAUCAGUUCGCCGCUAAAUGAGGAGCACCUGACGAACAUGGAAUACACAAACAUGCAAAGUUACAGAAGAGAGAUUGAGACACACAACCCAAUCAAGCUGGAACCAGAGUCACCUCCGCAGUACUCUGACAGCACUUUGUUCUCCAAGUUUCCUGAGGAUGCGUCGGCAUCAACGUUAAACAUCGAGUGCCGCGUGUGCGGAGACAAAGCAUCUGGGUUUCACUAUGGGGUCCAUGCCUGUGAGGGCUGUAAGGGUUUCUUCAGACGCACGAUCAGGCUAAAAUUGGUGUAUGAUCACUGCGAUCUUCACUGUCGCAUUCACAAGAAGUCCCGUAACAAAUGCCAAUACUGCCGUUUCCAGAAGUGCCUCAAUGUUGGCAUGUCACACAAUGCUAUUCGUUUUGGCCGAAUGCCCCAAGCAGAGAAGGAGAAACUGCUGGCUGAGUUCUCGUCUGACAUAGAACACAUGCACCCAGAAGCUGCAGAUCUAAGGGCUCUGGCCCGGCAUCUGUACGAGGCCUAUCUGAAGUAUUUUCCCCUUACCAAGGCCAAGGCCAGGGCAAUCCUCUCUGGAAAGACUGGAGAGAAAGUGCCUUUUAUUAUUCAUGAUAUGAAGUCUUUAAUAGAAGGGGAGCAAUUUAUCAACUGUAAGCAAAUACCAGUGUUGGAGCACCAGAAGCAGAUGUCAGCCGUUGCAGUUGGACACGGAGUUUCAGGAAUCCCAGCAGCCCACUCAGGGUCAGACUUUGGAUCUUUGGGGAGCGGGAUCGGUGGGAUGACACCCGACGGCGUGGAGCUACGUUUGUUCAAGAGCUAUCAGUCACGUUCAGCAGAAGCUGUGAGAGAAGUCACAGAGUUUGCCAAGAGCAUCCCAGGAUUCAUCGACCUGGAUCUCAAUGAUCAAGUAACGUUGCUGAAGUAUGGAGUGAUUGAAGUAUUGAUCAUCAUGAUGUCGCCUCUGAUGAACAAGGACGGCACCCUGAUCUCCUACGGACAAAUUUUUAUGACACGGGAGUUCUUCAAGAGCCUCAGGAAACCUUUCUGUCAAAUGAUGGAGCCAAAGUUUGAGUUUGGAGUCAAGUUCAACACGCUGGAGCUUGACGACAGUGACAUGGCACUGUUUCUAGCUGUUAUCAUUCUCAGUGGGGAUCGGCCUGGCCUGCUGAACGUGAAACCCAUCGAGCAGCUUCAGGAGACAGUGCUUCAUUCGUUAGAGCUCCAACUGAAGCUCAACCAUCCAGACUCCCUGCAGCUGUUCGCCAAGCUGCUCCAGAAGAUGACGGACCUCCGCCAGAUUGUCACCGACCAUGUGCACCUCAUCGAGCUGCUAAAGAAGACAGAGGUGGACAUGCUCCUGCACCCUCUGCUACAGGAGAUAAUCAAGGACUUGUAUUAGGGUUCAAAAGGAAAAGAGGGCAAACAUGGAAUUGUGAAGAAAAACAGAAGGAUCAAAGAUGGCUGAAUAAUGAAUUGAAAUGAGUCAAUUAACCAGAAGAUGGAGAGGAACAGGAAAAUCAAGAGAAGACAAAAAGUUUUAGAUCUGUUUCUGGACAGUCAAUGUGUGAUUAAUUUGUGAUGCAGUCAUUUAGCUACCACAGAGCCUGAACAGUUUAUCAUGAGCUGUCUGCCAACUUCAGGACGAAACUACCACCUAUUGCAGAAGAGUGUUGAUGACUAACAGAAAGAGAUGGGAAACUGACGGUUGAUGAGGUUAAUGCAAAAAUUCUGAAUGCUUCAUCACACCUAAAGAUUCACGUGCCUUAAAGGGAAAGGUUUUUCCGAGCCUCUUCUAAAGCAGCGUUCUUGUGCAACUUAUUUUUUCACAACCAUCCGCCGGCACUAGCAGUAGUGCGCAAACGCAUCAAUACCUCUGUGAACACGCACAAAUGCAUGAAUGCUCAUGCGCGCAAAAACUAUGCAGUCGUUUUCUGUUUUGGCAUCAGGGGGAAGGUGCUAUCUCGUUUUAAUCAGCUGUAUCCAAAAACAGAAAUCAGAUUAGUGUCUGUAACUUAUUCUGGUCCUGCUCACUGCUUAGAAACUGUGAGAAAGUAAGUGUGAGCUAACAGAGGGCACAGAGCAGUGGUGAUGUUAGCUCUAGAAUAGGCCUUAAUGAGCUAAUGUCAAGCUUUUCUUUUUUAAAGAUUCAAUGUUUUUAAACAUAUUGUACAUACUUAAUGUAUGAUAUAUAUAAUCCCUCAUGCCGUUUCCAUUUGUAUUAAAUUGUUGAACCAAACUUGCUUUUGAGCCUUUAGAUUCAGCAGAUUGGUUGAGCUCUAAUUUUUCAAUGUGAAAUUAUUUUCUAUCAGUAAAUCCAUUCCUUUUUGCAGACAAAGCGACUGGAUGCAUAUGUACUGAGGAGAUAAUGAAUGAAAAAUGACCUGUAAAUAAAAUAUUUUCUAACGUUUUUUAUUUGGGGUCUGUUUCUUACUUAAAGGUUUCAAGUGUGCAUCAAAAAUGUACAUCCGAGUACCUGGCUGCAGUUUUAAGUUGAGUGUAAUUGAAAAUAAAAUAAAAAAAACUAGAUCACA